AGUCGUUAGUCCCUGUUUUCAAAUCCCCAAUUUCCACAUUUUAAACUUACUUUUCAGUGAUUUUCUCCUAUAAAUUCAUGAAUUCUCUCAUGAAAGAAACCCAAUACAGACGAAUAGAAUGGGGGUAAGGGUAACUGUGUGCAUCGUGUUCUUAGCCUUUCUCAUAGCUAGAGCCACUUGCCAAAGUGGCUCUAAUGUGAGAGCUACAUAUCAUUUCUACAAUCCUGCCAAAAUUAAUUGGGACUUGAGAGCUGCCAGUGCUUACUGUGCUACCUGGGAUGCCGAUAAGCCACUCGCAUGGCGUCGAAAGUAUGGAUGGACGGCCUUCUGUCAUCCAGUGGGUCAAGGUCAAGCAGCUUGUGGCAGAUGCUUAAGGGUGACAAAUACUGGAACAAGAGCUCAAGUGACUGUCAGAAUAGUUGAUCAGUGUAGCAACGGAGGGUUGGACUUGGAUGAAGGCGUUUUCCGGCAGAUAGACACCGAUGGAAAAGGCUAUGCUCGAGGCCACCUCAUUGUUAACUAUCAAUUCGUAAAUUGUGGCGAUUAGAUGAAUUCACCCCAUACAACCUUUGUAGAAGCAUUACUUACUACCAAUUAGAAUAAGCUUCUACCAUAAAUAAAAAUUUCCUGCAUUAGAAAUCUUGCUGGUCUUAGAAUAAUGACAAAGAUUAAUACAAACAAGGGUUAUUCCCAAUUGCCUUCA